AUGGGGUCUGCGGCUCCGAAGAACAUAUGGUGGACCUCCCACGUAUUCCCCUUCUGGAGGACCUGGGUCGUCAUCCUCGUCCCGCUUCUGGCUCUCCCUUUACUCUUCCUCUCCAAGGAGCGACUGAUGGAAGGAAGGUGUGCAUACGUCGUGGCCGUCAUGACGGUCUUCUGGAUGACUGAAGCCACCCCUUUGGCCAUCACGUCCAUCAUCCCAGUCUUCCUCUUCCCACUCUUUGGGGUUCUUGGUACCUCCGACGUCUGCUCGUCGUAUUUCAAGGAGACCAGCAUGAUGUUCAUGGGGAGUGUCAUGGUCGCCAUCGCCGUGGAACACUGCAACCUCCACAAGAGGAUCGCCCUCAGGGUCCUUCUCUGGCUAGGAACCUCCCAUAAAUGGUUAUUGCUGGGUUUCAUGCUCACCACCACGUUCCUGUCCAUGUGGAUUUCCGACACGGCAACCACGGCCAUGAUGGUAGCCAUCGCGGAGGCCGUCCUCUUCGAACUGUAUCGGAAAGAGGCUACUUCAGAGACGAUGAAAGGCCUUUCGCAAGGCGGGAGCCGACAACCUGCCGACAACCGAGAGGCCGACAACUUCCAAGAACCACGAAGGCUGGAGAUGCCGCGGAUGUCCAUCGUUUCCGCCCAGUCCGUCAUGAUAGAAGAGUGAGUGC